UCUCCAACUGCUCUGGGACAGAUUUAUGCUCCAGCCUUUUUAUUUAUGAGCUCCAGUCCACCCUCCGCCAGGACGGCGUGACCGCGCAAAACAAGUGUGAAGUCGACAUGGGAAGCUCCGUGGACCCGAGAUGACCGAUGGUUUGGUCGGGAUAAGUCGGUCCUUUUUGUCGCCAGAGAGGGAAACCUAAAACGAGGCUUGUUUUUGGAGCCCCACCGCCGCCAGCCCUCCUCUCUCCCCGUAGGAUUUGAUUCAAAGGCGAAAACCAAGAUGGCCGCCGAUUCCGUGCAGGGGGAUGCCAGGGGCCAAAUGGUGGCGGAGCAACUCGGUCUGGGACACAACCUGGACCUGUCUGACACCAUGGUCCAACAGAAGCUGGAUGAGAUCAAGGAGCAGAUCCGCCGGGAGAUCCGCAAGGAGCUAAAAAUCAAAGAAGGUGCAGAGAACCUGCGCAAGGUCACCACAGACAAGAAGAGCCUGGCUUAUGUGGACAACAUGCUGAAAAAAUCCAACAAAAAGGUUGAGGAGCUCCACCAGGAGCUGCAGGAACUCAACGCCCACAUUGUGGUCAAAGACCCUGAAGAACUGCUAGAAUGCCCUUUGACCCCAGAUACCCCGAACAGCGAGGCAAAACUGUGCACCAGCAGCAGCCGCCUGGCCGCCCUCAAACGGCAGAAUGAUAUUGAACUUAAGGUCAAACAGGGCGCUGAGAACAUGAUUCAGAUGUACUCCAACGGGCCCUCCAAGGAUCGUAAGUUACUAGCGACUGCCCAGCAGAUGCUUCAGGACAGCAAGACAAAGAUAGAGUUCAUCAGGAUGCAGAUCCUCAAAGCCAGCCAGACCAGCGAGCUGAGCUUUGAGAACAAUGAUGUGAUGGACAAGCCCAUCAUCAGCCCGUUGGACCUACGGGUUGAGGAGUUGUGUCACCACGCCAAGAUCGAGUCUGCGGUGGCCGAGGGAGCCAAGAACGUCAUGAAGCUCCUAGGCUCUGGAAAAGUCACAGAAAAGAGAGCACAUUCAGAGGCUCAGGCUCGUUUUAACGAGUCCAGCCAAAAGCUCGACCUCUUGCGAUAUUCUUUGGAGCAGCGCCUCAACGAGUUGCCUAAAAACCAUCCUCGCAGCAUCAGCAUCAUAGAAGAGCUGUCCCUGCUGUCUUCACCCGCCCUCAGUCCCAGAUCCAGUAUCAUCUCCACACAGAACCAGUACAGCACCGUGACCAAGCCGGCAGCACUCACAGGCACGUUAGACGUCAGGCUCAUGGGCUGUCAGGACCUUCUGGAAAAUGUCCCCGGUCGUUCCAAAGCUGCGUCUAUCCCGCUGCCUGGCUGGAGCCCCAGCGAGACGCGCUCAUCCUUCAUUAGCCGAGCAAACCGAAACCGCGGUGUGAGCUCAAGGAACCUGACGAAGAGCGAGGAGCUCUCUAAUGAGAUCAGUGCCGUGUUGAAGCUGGACAACACAGUAGUUGGACAGACGAGCUGGAAGUCAGUCAGCAACCAGGCCUGGGACCAGAAGUUUACAUUGGAACUGGACCGGUCCCGUGAGCUGGAGAUCUCGGUCUACUGGCGUGACUGGCGUUCGCUCUGCGCCGUCAAGUUCCUGCGACUGGAGGACUUCCUGGACAACCAGCGUCAUGGAAUGUGUCUGUACCUGGAGCCACAGGGAAUGCUGUUUGCUGAGGUUACAUUUUUCAACCCUGUCAUUGAGAGACGACCAAAGCUGCAAAGACAAAAGAAGAUUUUCUCCAAACAGCAAGGUAAGACUUUCCUGCGAGCCCCUCAAAUGAAUAUCAACAUCGCCACCUGGGGCCGCCUGGUGAGAAGAGCCAUACCGACCGUCAGCACCAACUCCUUCAGCCCGCAGGCAGCUGAGACCGGGCCCAGCAGUCUGCCUGGUUCCCCCACACCCAGCAGCGAUCCACUGGUGACCAAGCUGGACUUUGACAAAGAGCCAACACCAGGACCCAAACACUAUCCAGUACCCGACAACAUCCGAGAGCCGCUGGUGCAGCACAAGAUACCAGACAAAGAGGAAGAACAGGACGCGCUCGCCUCAUUCGAUUUCCUCAACAACAGGAACAGCGUGGUGAUUAAGCCCGACUUAGAUGGAGUGGCGGAGCACAAGAUCCAGCAUCCAGACCUGGAGCUCACCGCCAUCCACAAAGACUCAGAUAUAAGGGAAGAAGAGCAGUUCCACUUCAGUCUCCAAGACUUUAAAUGUGUGGCCGUACUCGGACGUGGACACUUUGGAAAGGUGCUGUUAGCAGAAUACAAAAGCACGGGAGAGAUGUUUGCUAUCAAAGCUCUGAAAAAAGGAGACAUUGUGGCUCGUGAUGAGGUUGACAGUCUAAUGUGUGAGAAGAGGAUUUUUGAAACCGUCAACAGCGUCCGCCACCCGUUCCUGGUCAACCUGUUUGCGUGUUUCCAGACGCAGGAGCAUGUUUGUUUUGUCAUGGAGUACGCAGCGGGAGGCGACCUGAUGAUGCACAUCCACGCUGAUGUUUUCUCUGAGCCCAGGGCCGUGUUUUAUGCAGCCUGCGUCGUAUUGGGAUUACAGUUUUUACAUGAACAUAAGAUUGUGUACAGAGAUUUGAAGCUGGAUAAUCUGCUCCUGGAUACAGAGGGAUAUGUAAAGAUUGCUGACUUUGGGCUUUGCAAAGAAGGAAUGGGUUUCAGGGACCGCACCAGCACGUUUUGUGGCACGCCAGAAUUUUUAGCUCCGGAGGUUUUAACUGAGACGUCGUACACUCGUGCUGUGGACUGGUGGGGGCUGGGUGUCCUCAUCUUUGAGAUGUUGGUUGGAGAGUCGCCCUUCCCCGGUGAUGAUGAGGAGGAGGUAUUUGACAGCAUUGUCAAUGAUGAAGUGCGCUAUCCACGGUUCCUCUCCACUGAGGCCAUCUCCAUCAUGAGGAGGCUUUUGAGGAGGAGCCCGGAGCGACGUCUGGGAGCAGGAGAAAGGGACGCAGAGGAGGUCAAGAAGCAUCUGUUCUUCAGGAACAUGGAUUGGAACGGGCUGCUGGCCAAGAAAGUGAAGCCGCCGUUCGUGCCGACGAUUCAGGGCGCCAACGACGUCAGCAACUUCGACGAUGAAUUUACCUCAGAGGCUCCGAUCUUAACCCCGCCCAGGGAACCCCGAAUGCUGAGCUCCGAGGAGCAGAACAUGUUCUCUGACUUCGAUUACAUUGCUGACUGGUGUUAGCUUCACCUGAACCCCCUCCAAACACACGACACACAACACACACACACACACACACACACUGUGAACCAACAAGCACAGCAAUGGCUGUAGCUCAUCUUAUUUUUUUUAAAACUCUCCUCUUCACUGUCCAAAAACGUUGAGAAGGAGCAGUGAGUGGAAACUCUGUGCCAUUGAGAAGCAAAUCCACAUGCCUCCUGAGGCCCCCCACUUAUUUUUUAAUCCACAUGAAGAACUUUUUUUUUCUUAAGAAAAAGAAAACAAAUGAAAUUGUGUUGGAGAGCGAAGGAGGAGGGACGUCCUCCUGCACAGACUCCUCAUUUUGUUGUCGUCUCGUCUUGUCUGACCACUGAGAAUGUCUUUCACAUGAACUCUGAGAAGACGGCAACAUCACAAUCAUGUUAUUCAGUGUCACUGUCUUCGUUUUUUGGUUUUUUUUUUUUGAUGUGUACAGAUUAUAUUCAGUCCUAUAUUUUAUUGUGUUUUUCUGUCUUUAUUCGCAAAGCCCUCGCCGUAGCUUAAGGACGUUUAUCUCACUGUAAGGUUCUGCAACAAUCAUGUCUGAAUCUGAUGUUCGGUGAAUUUAAAGUGCUCAAAGCAUCGUCACUGAAUGGACGACAACAACAAACAUCUUGACUACUACUGCUGCUUCUUAACUUGAAAGUAAAAGUCUUCGCACUACAUUUCAUUUUGGGUCAAGAGGCCAACUUUUUCUCUCAUUUUGUUCACGUGAAGCGUUCAUGACUGUGUAGGCAUCCUCACAUUAGAACACUAAACACAGCAGCUUCAGCCCGGCCGCUAAAUAAUGAACCAUUCAUUGGUAACUUCUGUUGGAAAUGAGCUAAAUCAUGUUGGCCAAAAGAGAUCAUAAAACAUUAACUAUCUUCUCUCUGAUGUCUUCUAGUAGCUCUACAGCUGGAAGUUGAUAUUCGGUUGAAUCUUUCUGAGCUGCAAGAUCAAAACAUUAAACAUUCUGUCCGGUCAGUUCUGGUUUUUUUUGUAUUCCUUAACAGUCGUCUUUGGUGGACCUGACUUUUUUUUUGUUACCUCAGUGAAAGUAAAAACACUAAAAUAACUUGCUACCAAAACCAAAUUCAUCCUCUCCUCCUUGAAGCAGCAGAGGAACAGAUAUUUGUCUUUUUACAGAAAUCUGAUGGACUGAAAAUGAGCCCGAUGACAAACUGAGCAAAGACUGAAGAGGCGUACGGCACUCUGUUAUUUUAGGUUUCCAUCAAAAUCCAUUCUAAAUGCUUCCCACGUUGUUCUGGUUCCAUUUUCCGAGCUGCCAGUGUUCCAUAUAAACAGAUUCAAACGUUGCAGACCUGUUGACAUGAAUCACUACAGGGGAGGGCAGGGUAUAUUAUACGUAUACAUACUGUAUGUACACAAUUAAGCUGAAAGCACUAAUUUUAUCAAUAGUUUUUAAUUAUCUACGUUUCUUAAUGAUGAAAAUAGAUUGUACAAAGUUUUUUUUUUUUUAUUCUCUGCUUGUGCAUGUUGUUGCCAGAACAGAUGAAAACUUUAUGGAUGGUACACAAACUACUCAAGUUACACAGCUGUUCAUCCCGGUGUUUAAAAAAAAAAAAAAAAAAACAUUAAUUCAAAGGCAUUUUUUCAGUCAUUGUUUGUUGCCUAUCAUGAAUGCACAAAUUAAACAUUUGUAAUAGUG